AAACCAACAACAACAGCAACAACUCGCAAGGGUGGUACCUAAUAGACUUGACCGUAGCGAGAAUCGAUCUGAGCAAGGGAAAAUUUCCCUGUGAUUAGCAGAGACUGCCCUCUCACUCUCAGUUUAAGCAUCAAUGUCACUCUUAAAUCAACUCUUCAACAGAGGCGUUUUUGGUGCUAAAUGCAAAACAUGCUUGACAUUGGCAAUCUCUCGUAUCAAAUUGUUGCAAAACAAAAGAGAUUUGCAGCUCAAACACAUGCGAAAGGAAAUUGCACAAUUUUUGCAUGCCGGCCAAGAAGCAAUAGCUCGAAUUCGGGUCGAGCAUGUGAUUAGAGAACAAAAUAUAUGGGCUGCUUAUGAGAUAUUGGAACUGUUCUGUGAGUUUGUUCUUGCUCGUGUUCCAGUUCUUGAUAGUCAGAAGGAAUGUCCAGCUGAAUUGCGAGAGGCUAUUGCAAGCAUAAUUUUUUCUGCCCCAAGAUGUUCAGAAGUGCCAGAUUUAUUGCAGAUCAAGAAUUUAUUUUCUGCAAAAUAUGGGAAGGAAUUUGUGAUGGCUGCUUCUGAGCUUCGUCCUGAUUCUAGUGUCAACCGUGCAAUAAUCGAAAAGCUUUCAGUUGCUGCUCCAUCAGCAGAGACAAGGCUUAAGGUUUUGAAGGAAAUUGCACAAGAAUAUAACUUGGAGUGGGAUUCUUCUAACACUGAAGCCGAGCUUGGUAAAAAGCAUGAAGAUCUGCUGGCUGGAUCAAAGCAAAUAGUAGCUGAAGCUGCAGUUUCUCAAGCGCCCAUGAAAGUUUCUCCUAAACCCUCACCUUCCAACGGGGCAAGCCCUAUGAUGAAUACAGAUAUCAAGCCAGGGUUUCAGCAUCUUCAGCCUCCUAGCCCCAUGAGUAACACGCCUUUGGUGGAUGCUAAUGCAAUUGAACCAACAGUCAGGAACCAUAAUACUGGUUCAGUUACUGAUGCUAAAAGAGAGGCAACAGCACAGUCUUCUGAUGUCUUGGAGAGAGCACGAGCUGCCAUUGCCUCUGCAGAGCGAGCAACUGCAGCUGCUCGUGCUGCUGCUGAACUAGUAAAUGUUGAAUUUAGUUCAUUGAAGCUAGAAGGGAGGUCAUCAUAGUGUGGAUAAUUGGUCUUCAACUAGGGUUCUUGUGAUGCAUUUCUCUUGCUACUCAAGAUCACAGAAAGAAGCAUGCAAAAAAAAAAAGUACGGAUAUGUACAUUAACACUACAUGAAAUAUUGUCGGAUCAAUAUUGAAAGGACGUGAAAGGGAAAACACUAUGUCGCUUUUUUUUUUCCCUUGAACUUUCUCUUCGCUGCCAAGAAAACCCGGCGUUGUAUCUAUCCUCAUGUGUUCUCACUGCAAUUAUGUUCUCAUGAUUAAACGUUGCUUCUCUAAUAAAAAUCAUUGAAGUGCAAUUCAAUGGUAUUGGAGUUGGUUUUA